AUGCAGAAUUCCAUCAAGCCUGACGUAGACCGGUGGAGAAGUACUCUGGAUACUCUACUGAUCUUUAUCGCCCUUUUCUCGGCCGUCGUCACUUCCUUCCUCAUUCAGGCCACUACGGGGCUCUCACAGGAAUCAGGCGACCGCACAAACGAGCUUGUGUCUAACCUCACAGACGUUAUCAUCCAGCUCAGUGGAGUUGAUAGCUCUCUAUUGAGCCUACCAUUACCGGUUGCAUUCGAACCUGACCCUGGUUCUGUGCGUCUGAAUGUCUAUUGGUCACUGUCCCUCAUUGUGAGCGUGAGUCGUUAUUUUGAUCGACUCCGACUUCUACAGAUCACUGAUGUCAAUUCUAGCUUUGUAUCGCUUCUCUAG